AUGGCUGAUGGUUUUCCCACCCCAAAUCCCCAACUCGUCUCUUUACUACAAGGAAAGCUUGGUUCGCUUGUUGGCAAGCCCUCUGGAUAUAUCGAAACCCUUCCAGAGGAAGUAAAACGUCGUAUCAAUGGCCUCAAAUUUAUACAAACGCAACAUGCAAAACUAGAAGCCAGAUUCCAAGAAGAAAUACUUGCUCUCGAAAAAAAAUAUCUCGAGCAGUACAAACCACUUUACGAUAAACGUUCAAAAAUGGUACAAGGAGAACUGGAACCGUCUGAAGAAGAAGUCGAAGCUGGUAAGAAAAUCGACGGACUAGAACAACCAGCAAUAGACGACGUAAAAAUUUCAGAAGUUGUCGACGGACCAGUAAAGGGAAUUCCAGAGUUCUGGCUUACGGCCCUGAAGAAUCUAUAUACAAUCUCAGAGACUAUUACAGACCGUGAUGAAGCGUGCCUAAAACAUCUUAUCGACAUUCGCAUGGCAUAUUUGGAGAAACCCGGGUUUCGGUUAGACUUUGAAUUCGAGGAGAAUCCAUUCUUUACAAAUAGAAUUCUGACGAAGACAUAUUAUUACCAAGACGAGCCCGGAUAUGGUGGAGACUUUGUCUACGAUCAUGCAGAGGGGACAUCGAUUAAUUGGAAAGAGGGCAAAGCGCUUAAUUUGGUGACUGAGACAAAGAAACAAAAACAUAAAGAAACGAAAGAAACACGCAUUGUAAAAACAACAGUCCCUGCAGAAACAUUUUUCCAAUUUUUCAGUCCUCCGAUUGUGCCUGAUACUGAUGACGCUGCUGAAGAAGAUGAAGAUCUUGACGAGCGUCUUGAAGCGGAUUACCAAAUGGGAGAAGAUAUCAAGGAGAAGCUCAUCCCUCGCGCCAUCGAUUGGUAUACCGGUAAAGCUUUACAAUAUGAAGAGACCAGUAAGCAAAACGGGAAGGGCGGAACAAACCCACCAGAAUGUAAACAACAAUGA